AUGGACCCCCGCCACCUCGGCGUCGGCGCAACCCCCGGCAGCGGCGGGAGUGGCGGCCAAUCAGUGGACGCGUCAGCGAGGCGCCGCCGCCGCAUGUCGGCCCCGUUGACAGGCACCCGCCUCAUGCUGGCCUUCAACGAUGCUGCUGGUGACGGUCAUGGCGGGAGGUCGUCCUCGUCGUCGUCGUCUUCCGGAGGGUUGGACCUCUCGUUAGAUGAACCGCACCCCCGCUACAGUCACCACCGUGUCUACCCCGAGUUCUCUCCGAUGUCGAAUAUGGGGCGCCUCCUCUUUCAUGGCUCUCCACUAGGGUCGCCUACGACCGACGACGAUGUCCUCGUCAUGGAUGGUGUGCUCGUUGCCGACGGCUUCAGCCCUGGCCCCAAGCGCUACGCCUCCUUCACUGACCUACGCUUGGUCCACACCAACUCCCCUGGCUCGGGCGGCAGCGGUCGCCACGGCUCCAGUCUCCAGUUUUCAUAUGGGAAGGAGUCUUGUGUGGUGCAAGCCAUGAAUCCAAGACAUUCUGAGGUAAAUAUUGCUCGUACCGCGGGAUUUAGAUAA